AUGAACAGACCAAAAGGAGAGCAGGAGCAGAAAUUCAGGAUGGGCGAACAGACAAUCAAGAUCGAACCGCAAUGGGACGGAAAGAUCCAUUACCAUCGGAUGAACGAAAUCCUGGACGCCUUCCCAACAGCAGUUGGGUUCGAGAUUGAUGGCGACGCGUUGGACUUUUUGACCAAGGAUAACGGUGAUCUAUGCAUUCCUCCGAUCAUUGGACAUUACCCGAACAGGAUCAUUGACGUUGUACCAGGAGCGCCACAGGGAUCGUCUGCCAGGCCUCGGGGCCCGCAAGCGGUCAUGUACUAA